CGCCUCCGCCCGCCACCGCCGCCGCCAGCAGCGCCUCCCGCCCGCCCCGCCCCGCCCCGCAGCAGCCGCGCGGCCGGGCGGCCCCGCGCCGCCGAAUUACUGCCAUGGCAACUCAAGUGCUGGGACAGUCUGGUGGGAACAGCCUCUUUCCUGGCAGUACUGGUAUUGGCAUGGCAUUGUCCAGUGACAUGUAUGACUUACAGGACCUUUCUAAAGCUGAGCUGGCAGCUCCUCAGCUCAUUAUGUUGGCAAAUGUGGCCUUAACAGGAGAAGUUAAUGGCAACUGCUGUGAUUACCUGGUUGGAGAAGAGAGACAGAUGGCAGAACUGACAACGGUGGAGGACAGUAACUUCUCAGAUAGUGACGCAGAUGGUAUGGAAGAUACCCAGGCUGCGGAGAGUGACCGUGAGGCACCUGAAAGUGUGGAAUUAAGCUCCCUUGAGGUUCCUAGUGUGGAAAGCCAAGGUCCAGCUGCUUGUUCCCCUGCUAAGACGCCCAGUGUGGACAAAGAUGUGUCACUGGAAGCACCAUGUACUCCAGAAAGCACAGAGGACAAGUGUAAGAGCUUGAAGAGCAAGCCAUUCCGUUGUAAGCCUUGCCAGUAUGAGGCAGAAUCCGAAGAGGAGUUUGUGCAUCAUAUCAGGGUUCACAGCGCUAAGAAAUUCUUUGUGGAAGAAAAUGCAGAAAAGCAAGCACAGGUGAAAGAGUCUGAUUCUUGCACUGCAGAAGAGGUGGAUUUCUCUAAGGGCCCAAUCCGUUGUGAUCGCUGUGGCUAUAACACUAACAGAUAUGAUCACUAUCUGGCUCACUUGAAGCACCACAACAAAGCAGGGGAAAAUGAGAGAGUGUACAAGUGUACCAUAUGCACUUACACUACUGUCAGUGAAUAUCACUGGAAGAAACACCUUAGAAAUCAUUUUCCCAGGAAAGUGUAUACCUGCUCAGAGUGCUCCUAUUUUUCAGAUAGGAAGAACAAUUAUAUUCAGCAUAUUCGGACUCACACAGGAGAGCGACCCUAUCAGUGUGCUAUGUGUCCCUACUCCAGCUCUCAGAAGACCCAUUUAACCAGGCACAUGCGCACCCACUCAGGUGAGAAGCCAUUCAAAUGUGAUCAGUGCAGCUAUGUGGCCUCAAACCAGCACGAAGUAACUCGUCAUGCAAGGCAAGUUCACAAUGGGCCAAAGCCUCUGAUUUGCCCGCACUGUAACUACAAAACGGCUGACCGCAGCAAUUUCAAAAAGCACGUUGAGCUCCACGUCAAUCCGCGCCAGUUCCUCUGUCCUGUUUGUGAUUAUGCAGCAUCUAAAAAAUGUAACCUGCAGUACCACAUCAAAUCCAGGCAUCCCGAUUGUGCUGACAUCACCAUGGAUGUUUCAAAGGUGAAGCUACGGACUAAAAAGAGUGAAGCUGACUUUUCUGAGAGCGUUAAUGACAAAGUGGAGAAGGAACCAACAAAAGGGGAUGCAGCUGCAAAGAAAACUGAGAAAAUUGUGAAGGUGGAGAAAAAAGAUAAUUUGGCAAAGGAAAAGAAAUCAACAAGCAAUGUUUCUGCAGGCCAGGUGACAACCAGAAGUCGGAAAUCAGCUUCAGAAAACAGGGAGAUGGAUAUUAAAACUGAGAAGAGUACUGAGAAAACGUGUAAAACAAAGAAGGUCAAAAGAAAGGCAGAGACUGAAGCAACUUCCUCAAAGCAAGAGCCAGCAAAUGAUACCUCACUAGUAACAAAAAAGAAAAAGAAAGUGGAAGCUAAACCCAGAGACUGCCAGGAAGCUCAAAAAAGUGAUGUUGUACCAGAGGAGGAGCCUAAAAAGCAAACUUUUUGCCUCAAGAAAAAUAGAAAAAAGAAAGCUCUGAAAAUUAAACACAGUAAAAAAAGCAGUAAACUCAACCAGGAAAAGAUCGAGGAAAAGGAGAUGCUGGAUGAGCAUCAUAUCACAGAAGAUGAUGGAUGCGUGAAGCCGGACACUGAGGGCAGUAACCAGAAGGAGCAAGAUCCCUCUGAGACAGUGGCAUUAAACAACAAUGGUGAUCAUGCUCUCAAGGGGGAGAGCACUGAUCCCAAAGGAGACUGCAUCCAAGAUCCAGAGCAGCUUUGUCUGCCAGUUCAGGAUGCAAACACAGAAGUUGAGGUAGAGGACCAAGAAAUGCCUGCUGCAGCAGGAGAGAGCGAAGACACUAUUGAUGCAAAAGAGGAGGAGAGACAAGCCAACAAAGGGGAAGACACUUGCUCUGAGGAAUCUUCCCAUGCAGUGUCUUCUGAAAAAAGCUUGGACGUACUCAUGGAUGUGGUACCAGAUCUGGCACCUGAGAAGGAGCCAGAGGAAACCUUUGUGGCAGAACCUGUGAGCAACUCAGACCUGACGGACCUGACCAAGACGUGCCUGCCAGCAACAGAGCCAACAGGAGAUGCUGUGCCAGCACCCAUGCCUCCAGAAAGGUGUACACAGAGCCCUAAAGUAGCUCUGGCCUUAUCUCGGGAUAACACAGCAGUGAAUGAAUCUCAGGAAAUGGAUGAGGAUGAGGGCAUCCACAGCCAUGAAGGCAGCGACAUAAGUGACAACAUAUCAGAAGGAAGCGAUGACUCGGGGUUAAAUGGUGCUCGCUCUGUACAAGAGGAAACAAGUCCAAAGACAUCACAAGGAGCUCCAGACACCACAGAGGCCAGGGAGAACUAUGUGUGCAUUUUUUGUGACCGCUCAUUUAAAAAAGAAGGUGAAUACAGCAAGCACCUCAACCGGCACCUAGUUAAUGUGUAUUAUCUUGAGAAGGCAGCAAAAGGGCAGGAAUAGAAAUAGCGGUUGUUUGGAGAAUCUUCUUUUGUAAGAUCUUACACAGCUUAUGUACAGAUAUUGUAGAUUUUUUUUAAGCAUGGUUUCCUUUAGUGUCUGCAUUGGUUUCUUUUUUGUUUUGUUUUUUUUUUUUUUUUUGUAAGUUGAAAAUAUUUUUGACAACUUUGUGUGUAAUGGUGAACUCAUUAACUAUUGGAUCUCUUAAUUAGAGAAGGCAGGUAGGUGGUAUGAGGUUCUGUCCUGUAAAGUGAGCGUAAGCUUCUAGUCUGUUAGCAUAUGCAGUUCUUUUAUAAACUGAGUUUUAGGAACAAGACUGGAGCUAGCAAUACACAAGUUGCAUGUUCAUAGAGCCACUGGCAUUAGUUGUUUUUGUUCUAGCAGCCAACUCUGUCCCCUCCUCCCUUCCCCUUUUUUUUUAGCUCUUUUCAAUGUGUCUUGAAGUUCAAAGUGUUAAACUAUUUGAUGGUUUUUCUACCAGGAAUUUAGCUUCUAUUACAUAAAGAGCACUUUGUAAAAGAAAUCAAAGUUGGCUAGUGAUGAACAUAACUGUUUAAGCUAAUUACAAUUAUGAACGUACAUUUCAGGUCCCCUAAGCAUGAAUGAUAAGCCAAAAUUUGAGAGCAGUCCUUCCAACUUUUGAUUGGAGAACCUCUGUCUUGAUUAAUAUCUUAAUCACUGAUAUGUAAUUGGCUUUGUUGUGGGGGAACAAGUUUUUUAUUUUUACUUUCUGCUUUUUUUUUGGAUUGUGCUUUAAGGGCUUAAUAAUGUUGCACAUUGUUUUUGAUUUUUACCUAUGCAGUUUAAUCCUUUAGGAAUAGUGCUUGUGCAGAACAUGUACACUUUAUAUAUGCAUGUUUGGUUUUGUACGUAAGUUUUUUUUUAUUUGGAAACAUUCAGACUUGUUGCUUACCACGGGACAGUUUUCUGUGGCAGUUUACUGUGAUGCUUCUUACUGCAGAUUUUUCUUAUUUUCCUGGAUUGUGAUUAGUCGUGCAUGAAGUUGCUGAAAUUAUGAUCUGCUUGGCUAUAUAUUUUUAACUGGCUUUAAAAUUGUAUAGUCCUUGAGCAAAAGGAUAUCAAAACACUUUUUAAUGGGAUUUAUUCUAUCAUGGAAAUGCCACUUCUGAUAUUUUGAAUACACAUACAGAGUAAUAAAUUCUGAUUAAUAAUUUGGACAGGAAAAUAAUCACUCUCCGUGGAAACAGUUCGCAUAUUCUGCAAGUCCAGAUGAUUAUUUUUUUCCCCUUCCCUAUUCAUUUCUGUGGUGGACAGCGGUCAAACAUCACAAGCUUAAAAAAACCAAAAUUGUAGCAGUGAUAUAAUCUAACAUCUCAUACACAGAAAAACUCCAUCAAACAAAUACAGAUAAAUCAACUGGUAAGCAACAAACCUGACAUUAAAAAAACUAGGGAUUUCUGCUCCUUAUUCAUUCAAGUUGCAUUUAAUAAAAUCAUCCUCCUGCUUCCGUGCAGGGAGAAACAUGUAAGAUUGUCAUCUCAGGUCUACAUGUCAUACUGGGAGUUUUUAAUUCUAAAUGGAUGUCAUUUCUAGCACACACACUCAAGAGAGAUUGCAUACUUACUGCUUGUAGCCAACCCGUGGCAAAGUGUAAACAAAAUCCAAACCAGCAGGGAAGAAGCAAAGCCCUCCAGGUCUUAUCUGUGCACUCUUGCGAUGGUCAUUAGCUGCCUUUUUCCAGUGGGAGCAGUUGGGCAGCUUCUCUGAUUGUCAGCUCCAGAAAUGCAAAUUUGGAGGUGGGUGUUAUUUGGAGAGUGGAGUUGAAGAGCUCAGGCAGCAUUUGUCAGAGCACUUUGUAGCAAAUAACUCUCGAUGUUUAAGUUCUGGAAUAAACCCCAUUUUUCACUGGGUGUUCCCACAGCAUCUUCCCCUCCAAAGAAACCCACUGCCUUGAAUGAAUAGAGAGCAACAAUGCUACAUUGCUUCUGCUUUUGGGAAAGAUUGGUAAUAGGAGGCCAAAGAUUUGAGAGGGAAGGCAUCCCUCAUGGCAGAAAUAACUUGUAUAAUGUAUAGUGAGUUUUUGUUUGCAUAGAUAGUGUUCAAUCCUUACCUUGGCUGCGACAAUCACUGUCAACUCAAGAUCAAGUUGCAACUAUAUUUAUGUUAAACGUUAAGAAAAUAAACCUAGUUGAAUUUUUUUUCCUAAACUACCAGUUGUAAUAGUCUUAGAUGUAUUUUUUUUUAUAAUAGUGUUUCUUUAUAUAUAAAUGUUGCCACCAUUUGUGAGCGAUAUGAGUAGCUGCUGGGAAUUCCAGUACUGUGUAGAGGUUUUAUAGCUCCCUUCAUAUCCUUGCGAAGAGCCUCUGCCAUCUUGUGAGAGACUUCAAGGACUUUAGCUAUGUUCAAAUAAACUCGUGGACUGGCCUGAUAAUUUUUUUCUUGUUUGUUUUUAAAUGAAAAUGUUGCUGUUGACUGACUCUAAAUCUCUCUCUGUGAGAUAAGAACAAAGAUGGUUCUUUGAAAUACUGUGCUGCACAUUUCUAUGAAGUGGUCAAGGUUUCAGUGCUUGAUCUGACAAGAACUCUUUGAAGACAACAGUCGGCUCCUGUUUGGCAGUGUUUCUUACCACAAGAUGAUAAACUGAAAAUAAAUUAUUAUUAACAUAUUAAGAAGAAAAGUUGAUUCUUUAUAUCUGAGACCCAUCAACAGUGUCCUGAAAUACCUAAUGUUGAUGCAGAACUGUGUUGGAAUUCUCUGCAAGGUUUGGGAUUAUGUUACAGUAAAGAGGCAAGGAUGUAAUGCAUUAUGUGUAUCUAAAAUGUUAAGCACUGCUAAUACUGAGUGUUUGAGAGGGAGUGCAGGUCAGGUAGCCCACCAUAUAUGGUGGUCUUACAUUGCUGUAUCUCCCUUUAAACAAUGCUUUUUUUUUUUUCUUGGUCUUUUUCAAUAUUCUUAAAUUAUUAUGUGUUGGUUUUGCCAAUGCUAGAGUUUUUGUGUUUUUUGGCAAUAGUAUCUUCAUGAGUGUUUAACCUCCAAUACAUGGUUGGAAGGAUUAGCACACUGAUACCCCUACACUGCCAGCCCUCAUUCGAAUAAUGUGGUGUUUUGGGCUUUUGCUGUAUGAAUCUGUAUGAAUACAGUCAAAGUAACUGCCCUGGGAAACAGUCAAGAAGUGGGUAGCUAGGCACUUCCGUGGUAUUGUAAUUGCUAUUUCUGGAUUUUGAUGACCUAGGCUGGAACUUUAGUCAUUUAAAGAAGAAUGUUUAAGAGCUGACAGGCCAGUUAAGAUAUGAUAAUGUCAUUGAUUUCAACAGAUUUAAUGUAGCUGGAAGGUAUUAAAUCAAAUUCAAGAGUUUUCUUGAAUGUCAGUUGUAUAGAUAAGUGGCGUGCAUACGAUAUUAACAGAAUCCAAAUAGCUAAUGGAAUUGUUUUAUGUGUACAUAAAUUUUCCCCCCCCUCUAAAAUUACACUAGCUAACAAACUUUUGUAAGCUGGCAUGGAAACAUGUUUAUGAUGUUUAGUUGCACCAUGUUUGAUGCUUUUACAGUGCAAUACUUGUAUUCUCUGAAUUAAACCAAAGGUAAUUUUUUUUCAUGCUCUCUACUGUAGUGCAUGACAGUCUUUUCUACAUUUGUAAUAGAUGUAAAACGAGCCAGAUCAUACAUCCUGUUUUUACCUAAAUCAUGUAUAAGAAGUCUUUUGUCCAAAAUGUAGUAUAAACUAAAUUGCAUUAUAUUAACCUUUACAAGUGUAUUUUCCUAAGCAUAGUUAUGAUUAAAUAAACUUUAUUAAGGAACGUGCA